AUGACGCCCAAACGAAGUCUAUCGCCUGCCGAGGAGCAACAGCCUAACCCGAAACGCCCUCGCUUCGAAGACUUGGAAAGCGUCACGAUGCAGAUCGAGGAUGAAGAGUCUCGCUCGAUUGAAUCCUCAGUACCGAAUCCGCAUUAUCAAGCUAGAACGGGACUUCAGCGUUCGAUCGCAAUGGUUCUCAAUCACGAUGGGUUUCUAGGAGCAAGCCCUGAGGCAAUAGAGAGCUUCACAGGGAUGGAUCUGGAGGGCAUGAUUGAAGCUGCCAAAACCCUCGCACUGGCUGCCCGUCGCGAGCAUCCUAUCCCGACCGACUUCGAGCAUGCGCUACGACGUCACAAUGUUAGCGUCUCAUCGCUGAAACCGCACCUGAAGCCUCCUGUCUCAAAAACACAACUGUUUCCCGGUUAUGUCGAUAUACUACCCGAGGACCUCGAUGCAUACACGACCCUACCACUUCUGGGGGAAGAGCUCAGUGGACAGCCAGACAAGGACGAGAAAGAUUAUGUUCCUCCUUCUUUCCCCGACUUUCCCAGCAAACACACAUACAAGUUCACUCCUCAGGAGGAUACUAGUAUUCGAGACUCAAAGAAAAUACGAGAGGAAGCCGCAAGGACGGCCCAGCAGGGUGAGGAUGCUCUUAGACGACUAGUCCGUGCAUCCAAAAUGCGCAAGCAGAAAGAGGUCAAGAAUUUAGUUGAGCGUGAUCCACAUGGCAAAGAACGGUUUCGUCUAUGGGAAUCCACGAUGAAGAGAUUUAUGGCAACUGAGGGUAGAGGGGAGAAUACCGAUCAGAUGGAGAUCGCCGACCAUAGCAUGAUCGUCAACGGCGAGGCGUUGUUCUCGCGUAAGGAGGUUCCCAAGGCUGGUAAACGUUCAGCUGCCUUGGCAAAAAAGUCGGCAUGA